AGAGAGGGAGGAUCUGGGAGAGACGGACAGAGACAAAGGAGAGAGAGACGGGCAGGAAGGGAAAGAGACAGUACCUUGUUGGAGAGAGUUUUCCACGUGGGAAGAGAGUCAGCACGACAAGUCAAGUUAUGAAAGAGACAUUGGUCUGAACAAGAGUGCUCCAUGACAAAAGGACAACUGAAGAGACAGCAAGAAAGGGACUGCUUACACAGCCUAAUUACUACUAAUAAUUAGACAGUCGUGUAGAAGAAGAGACAGUCGCCCCUCUCCGCGUUAUGGACUGGUCAGGGAGUCACACUAAAUAGAGAACUGUCUCUUUUUCCAGCCCCACGUGGCUGUUUUUUUUUUUUUGGUUUUUUUUUUUUUACUUCUUUUCUGUCUCUGUCUCCAUCCCAUUGUAGUGUUUGUGACUGGCAGUUUCUUGGCAAUUCAGGUCAUCUCCCCCUUUUCACUUCAUCCCUGCCCCUGGCUGUCUCUUGACCUUUUAAGAGACACUCUCUGGCUGUCUCUUGCUUGAAAAUUAGCAGUCUCUUUGUAGACUUCCCUUGUUGCCUCAUGGCAGCUCUCAGUAGCCCAGGCUCCAGCCCCCACACCACUUCCCCCAAGGUGUACUUUCAGUCUCCCAGCGAGAGUGCUGAACAGCCAGAGAGACGGCAUCAGGGCAAAGUGACUGUCAAGUAUGACCGCAAAGAGCUCAGGAAGAGACUGCGCCUGGAGGAGUGGAUCCUGGACCAGCUGGUGGCCUUGUAUGACUGCCAGGAGGAGGAAAUUCCUGAACUGGAAAUAGAUGUGGAUGAAUUACUGGACAUGGAGACUGAUCAGGAGAGAGGAGAGCGGGUUAAGGAACUGCUGACUGACUGUUACAAACCAACAGAGGCCUUUGUUUCUGGAUUGCUGGAGAAGAUUCAGGGAAUGCAAAAACUGAGCACCCCUCAGAAAAAAUAAAGGGGAGGGAGCAGCACCCCCUAACCCUUCUGGCAGAAGUGCCAUUUCAGAGGCUGUCAGGGUCAUAGGAUCCCACUAUGGAUGGGUGGCUGCCGAAGGUUGGUGUGGAGUUGCAGCACAGGCGAUCCUCCAUUUAGUUUUUGUUUUUUCUAUGAAGUUUUUGUGUCUGGCUUUUUUUUUUUUUUUUUUUUUUUUUAAAUGGUCUUUUUUUAA